UCCUUCUUUUAUCCUCUUGGAAUCCCCACAGUUUCUAAGAGUCAGAGGAACGAGGCAUUCGUUUUCAGAGGUCUCUCUCUUAUUCUAAAAAAAAAAAUCUUUUCCCAUAGCUCAGGCAAUAAUCUCAAUUUUUUUUGGAGACUAUGAAGAAGUUAACGAGGCAGCUUAUUUAGGGGUAAGACCAAAAAAUAGAUCAGGAGGAUUUUAGAUAGUGUGUAAUCUUAAUGUUGCUGGAGUCGGUAGAGUGGAUGAGCCUUCUGUGUUAUGGAAAGUUUUUAGAUCCUUCUUAGGCUUGUUGGUGAGUUUCAAAUUUAUUUUUUAUAUAUUUUAAGAACUGUGGAUGUAACUGUUUUGCAUGUAAAUUUAGAUUUCGUUUUCGGUUGAGAUGAAAUGCUUGUGUUUUGCGGUUUUUCAUUAGUGGUUGCUUUAUUGUGCAGAUAGUUUUACCAAUGAAUUUGUCAGUUAUCGUCGUUCGUAGCUAAGAUGCUUCAAAAUGAAAAGAUGUAGCAUAUUUUAGAAGAAUUCGUUUGAGUUAGAUGUUUAGGUUGAUUUAGUGCAGCAUAUAUUUUAUAAUAUCAGUUUUGGUAGUGGCAGCUUAGACAAGCAGAUGUAAUCUUAGACUGAUUUCAUUGUUAAAGCAAAGGAUUCUAAUGUCCUGGGAGUGGAAAUACUGGAGGGAAUUAGGGAAUAGGUUAUAGAUUCUUGCAGAAUCAGUGAUUUCAAUAAAUAGUGAGAUUUCAACCUUUACUGAGCAGUUUUUAGUAAGAGAGAGUACCUAUAUACGCACAAACUGAAUAUGCCUUCCCACUACAGUCACCAUUCUAUAGUGGCCCUGGCUCUCUUUGGCAUUCUGGCUGCCAUCAUGGCUUCGUUGUCAGUUAUCUUAAUAUUUCAGGUUCAAUCUGCAUCAAAGCAGGGAGAUCUUAGUGUUGGGCUAGGCCCAGUUGCUGCUAGGAUCUUAUUACCAGCAUCAGCGGUUCUGGCUGCUUUGUGUCUUGCCCUCAAUGUCAGUUGUCUCCUGCUGUGUCUUCUCCACUCCUACUUCACCGCUGAGGUCUGCCGUGAGGAUCCAGAUUCCAGAAGAUGUGAAUGGUUCCUGCUGGAUAACCGCAAUAUUCGCCAGUCUGCUCUCUGCAUUUUUUGCCUUGGAAUCUCACUAUAUUUAACAGCAUUCUCACUUUACAUGCUAAUCUUGUUUGAAGUCGAAACGGGAAUAGCCAGUUCCUGCAUCCUCUGUAUGGGCUCCAUUUUCAUGAUAGUCACAGUGGCCCACAUGUUCAGCAAAGCCACGCAAGCUUCCUGCCACAACAAUGAACAGGUCCCCAGUACACUCUAUGAAAAUGACUCCGCACAUGAUGCAGACCUUAAUGACUCCACUCCAUCGUCUGACCUGAACAACGAUAAAGAUAUGUCACCAGUCCGCCAGCGCCCUGAGAUCCACAGAGAGUUUUCCUACCCUCCGUUUGUUCAUCAGCAGAAAAUCCUGCCUAUUUCACCGAUAUUUAACAAUGCACCUAAUAUGGUGAAACAAAAUGAAAGUAUGUGCAACAGCAGCAGAGAUGAGCGCUACAAUAUUUGCAGAAUGCAACGGACGCUUUCUGUUGAAUCUGGCCUCAUGCAGCCUAACCCCAAGGCCUGGAAUGGGGGGCAUCAAGAAAUGAGAACUAUGGUAUUAAGGAAACCAGGAGUGGUGGGAAAAGACUCUACAUUAGUGUAAAUACUAUUACCAAACUAAAAAAAAAAAAGACAAAAUUCUUCAAAACUUUUUUUUUUUACAAAAUUUACAAUUGCAAACACGUUUUGAUACUGUUAUUAAAUGAAACCUUUUCUUUUGCA